AUGAUGUAUCUAAGUAUUCGAUUCACAACAAUAACAAAGUAUUGUCCUAUCAUCGGAUAGACAGAGUUUCAGUAUCAGGAUCGAUUAGCAGGAGCCUUUUCUUUAGAUGCUAUUGAGUCUCAGAAGCGCAGAAAACACUUCCGUUUGGAAAUAACAUUCAAUUUUCCACGGUUUUCGGUCGUAACUUUCAAACCAUUCCACAAAAAACUCGUAAACAAUUGCCAAUCGUCGAACUCCGGCCGGUUUCACACUGAUCAAAUUUCUCAUUAUCUCAUUGUUAAUUACGGUUUAAUCGGGGGGGUAUUAAUUGUUAUAGUGUCAUUGCAAGAGAGUUUUUCGAUCGCGAACAAUCGGCCGGCUUGAAACUAAAGAUAGGAGAGUUUAAUUCUUUAAACUAUGCCCCGCGUUGCGAAAGAUAAUUUGAAUGUACCAAAACCACGUGGCUACGCAACACCUCCAGACUAGAAAUGAAACUGACUGUUGAUAACAAAUGACAAUCGGUUGAUCAACGUGAUUCAUAAGAGUACAAAGUGCGAUUUUGACGUUCACCAUAACACGAAGAUUAGAACGCGAAAUGAUCCUAUUGAUUCGGGUGAAAAGAGUAAAAUUCUAAAUAUUGGGAUCGAGUAACUGACUGAUCAAGUGAACCUUCACAGAUAUGAAGGGAAAUGCAGGGCUGAUUGAAAUAAAUAAAUGUGUAGCUUCGAGGUUAUGGUACACAUCUUGGACUACUUUGAUUGCUGAAAUUGACAGUCGAACGGAUCGCUUCACUCAGGACGAAAUCCUGCACCUAGUUUCGCUCCUUGAAUCAGAUCCGAAUGUCCAGAAUAACUACGAAGAUUGUUGGAUCAUUUGGAAAAUAUCGGAGCUUCUACGAGCAAAUAAUGAAGCAGCAAAACCAAAACACAUUGAAUUUCUUCUGGCGGUAAAGUUCUUAACUGAAGCUGCACCCAGCGAAGUAGAGAAGGAGCUCCUCGAUCUCUUCAAACUUGUAUUGGAUUCAAAAAAGGUAAAAGAAAAAGUCGGCAAACUUUCCAACCAAAGCAGAAAAUUGUUAGAAGAAAAUCUGAGAACAUGUCCUCCGCUUGCCUGCUUCGUUGUACAAAGUUUGCUGUGUGUUUGGUCACCAUUCUUCAACGAAAGCGACGUCGAGUUACAAAAUUUGUACAUUAAUGGCCUUAAAAAAUAUCUCAACGCUGAUCAAACUGUACCAAGGAAAUCGUCAUCGGGUUAUUUGGAAGUCAAGGCAAAGCCCUUACUGUCUUCCAAUGACAGAAAACUUGACGAUCAGUCAGUUGGAACUUUGCUAAGCAUUCUCUCAAAGCUUCAACUCACAGAAGAUAAUAAUGAUCAACUCAUGACCUGGCUCUUUCCCUCUCUGUUUGCAAAGUGCGAUAACCGGGACGUCGAACUUGCACUUUACACCAGGAGAAGCAGCGAGUACUUAAAAGAGUGGUUCGUCUUUAUUAACGAAAUAUUAAAGCGUUCCGAGUCGGCAGAUUCCAUUGAAAAUGCUUUGGGAAUUAGCAACGCCAUAUUCAAUUUCACCAACGCCGGAGAUGUUCGACUCAAUUUCAGAGAAUUGGUGUACAGAACGAUCAAGCAGUCACGCCAUUGGCUGCUCGACAUUCUGGAUAUUUGCUACACCCUGUUGGCUGCUGGCUACAUUGACAAGGUGUCAAUGUUAUUGUCGGCCCCAAAUUUAGAAGGACUGUGGCUGGCAGUAUUUUUUAAAGUACUGAGCAAUUUGCCCUGUGCCUCGAGGGUACCUGUCGAAGCAGACGAGCGAGUCAGUUUGAACUUCUGCAAGGGACUGAGAUUCGUUUUGGAAAAAUGUCAACUGUAUUUUGGGGAGGAUAAAAUUUGGAGAGAGUUGAAAACUGUUGCGAUAAGUCAGCUGAACGUCGUUGAGUGGGUUUUAAAUAAUAAGAAAACAGUAUUGGAGAAAGAAUUCGGAUACGAGUUGAAAAAAGAUUUGACAAUGAAAAACGUGUUUUCACUUCUUCUCGACAACGGAAUCUUAUUCACUCUAAACUCAAUGACUGACUUGCACGAAGGGAACUCUGAGGAAAUUCAACAACUCCUUAAAAACUCCCCAUGUUCGGAGGCCACCUUUAAAGCAUACUACGCGAUGUUGUGCGCCUUGAGAGCCAUUCUACUCUCCGAUUCCUAUUCUUUCAAGGCUCAAAGUGUCGGAGACCGUCUGGCAGCAAUGCGGAACACGCUGAAGAACCUUUUUCCAUUGAACAUAAGACUGGAAGCUAUAGAGAAUAUAUUUUCAAUGCUGUUCCUACGCCAUGAGGAUUUUUCCAACACUGACAGUAAUUCUGAAGACAGCGAGGAGGAGGAGGCUGAUACUAAAAAGGUCUUACAAUCUGAUUAUAAGUUAAUGCAGUCUGGAUUUAUCUGCAACAAAUAUAUAAUCAGAGACCUUCUACACAGCUUAAAAGAUGCGAUCCUGAAUGCAGGAAUCGAAUGCACCAAAAUGAAAUUGGAACCAGGAUCUCAGGACUCAACUGAACACGUUCGUAAAAGUUUAGCCAACAUCACUCGGGCUAUCACCGAUGCAAUCUGGAGGUUGGAGCUCCUGACAAGCUCUCAGUUCAUUGAAAGGGUGGGUGACUAUGGGUCGCAAACGUCGAAGGACGAAGACGAAAGGUGUUAUUCUGAAACAUUGCUGACUAAGAAAUUGAAGACCUCGAAACUCGCUGCUUUUAAAUCGAUAUUUUACCACCAAGAUGACAGUUCGUCGAGCGAAGACCGCAACAAGUCCGAACUGGAGUUUAGCUCCGACGCUGGAUCUCUAGACACCGGCAACACCAACUGCGCCUCGGGGACCAGGAAAAAGCAUGGGAAGAAGAAUGCAGUUGAAAAGUCUCCGGUGUUGGAUAAGAAUUAUUCAUUUAUUUUGAACUUCAUGCUCUCUUCAAGGGAAAGCCUGAUUAUGCAAUGUCUGUGGAAAUGUAACUUUGAUAAAGCCCAACAAGUUAUCGAGAUGUUUCACUUGAACAAUUCUCAGCUCGAUGGCGAAGUACGAUUUUCAAAAGCCAUUUGCCAAUUUCGUCACAGGAUGAAGGAAAAACCUCAAAUAGUCAGCACACCCGAAGCUGUAAAUCGAACUUUUGAAACUUCCACACUUGAGAAUAUAAGGCAAGUGGCGCUGGAAGGUAUUCAAACAUCCCGAGCGACGGGUGAAGUCGAGACUUUUCUCGCCUCGAACGAAUCAGUUUUGCGUCUGAUAAAUCCGGAUGAGGUUAAAACUAACGAAUUACUGACAAUAGCUGUACUGGACCUUGCCUUGACGACGGGUCAGUCGCGGUCGUUUUCUUCGCAACUAUGCGAAGUAGCAACGAAAUAUAUGAAGUUGUGCAAAAUUAUUGAGAAAAGCUUGUACCCUGCGUACUUCACAAAGAUUUGUAAACUUCUUUACGAGAGUAAAUUAAACGCGUCCCUGCCGAGCAUUCUUUGUGACGCCAGCGUGCCGUUGACAAUUAAGAAGUUUAACGAGAAAGUUAAGCUUUGGAACGAGGUGGAAAAAGUCGUUACAAUAUUAAAUCUGUCUCGAUUGGAGAGGGGCAAGGCCCUAAAAGAACGCUCGCAUAAUAGACUUACCACGAGUCAGGAGGGGCUCGCAUUCGUCUCUGAGUUUUGCAACGGCGGAGCCUACUUGAGCAAGCUUUUUACUCACUUGAGUGUCCUUGAAACGAUAAUCCCAAGGACCGAAAACGAACGCUUCGACGAGACUCUGUACGCCAUGUUGGUACUCCCGAUCCAUUCUUACUUUGGGCACCAGUUUUUUGACUUGGGUGUUGAACUGGACCAACUGGACAUCGUUGCCAAAAAACUUCGCGUCAACUUGGUUCACAGCUUACUCGUAAGCUGCUGUCCCAAAUUUCCUUUUAAUGAAAAACUGGAUAGUGGAAAAUCGACAAACAAAAUUGGCUACAUUGUAUUGAACGAAGAUUUAGCGGAUUCGAUGCUCACGGAGUACGAUAUGGAAAAGCCACACGAAUGCGUAGCCGGAAUUUUAACACUGCUCUUGGAUACUAUUUCUAAUAUUUAUCCAAGUAAUUCGGUGCUGAGAUACGACAAUCUGCAAAGUUUGUCUAAGAAUUCAGAUAUUCUGAGUAUUUUGCGAAGAACCUCUUGCCUCGCGAAUUUAAAUCUGUGCGAAUUGACCAGUGGCGAUGAAACUCUUACGUUCUUCUUGAACCUGUGGAAUCUUUUAUUCCUGCACUCGAUGUUGACCACUUGGUCCGCCAAUGCCCCGUGCAACAAACUGCAGCACGUUGUUUCAAUGAUGAAUAUUGGGUAUCAGAUUGGUGAAUUGGGAUUGGUCACCUUGGCCACCCUCCGAUUCAAGCUGCUCGGAAAUCUGUCUUGGGAUUUGGAGUUUUUGAAACAAAUCGAAGAUGUCAACGAAGUUGCCUGGCAGGAUCUGGAUCUCAUCCAGGAUCCGAGGCUAAUUUUUGCUAUGGCUAACGAAUUUUCGAGAACACCCAUGGUGUUCGUAUACGAUUCACGAAACUUGGACCAAGCUCUGAAUGCAGCGAUUCAGAACUACAUCGCACAUCACCACUUGAUACAACCGGCCGGCAACGAUACCAAAAUCGAUUUAUGCUGGCUGCCGGAGAUGGUACGUCGGUAUCAGGAUUUCUUGUUGGAAAAUGCUAGUCUUGCUCAGCAGACUUUGGGCUGUAACUUUGACGAGAGUUUCACCCUGCGUAAGUUCUUGAAUACAAAUGUUGAAAACAGCAUUGAAUUGAAGUACAGGCCGCAGGUGCGCCAGUACGAAAUAAGACUGAAUUACACCGGCAUCGAUCAUUCCAUUACAAAUAGUUUACAAAACGUCCGUCGAUCUUCAAACAACAUUCACUCGUUGAACCAUUGGCAAGGCAGAACUGUGGAUGAAAAAUUAUUGCAAUACUUUGAGGCUCACUGCUGGCUUUUGCGUUACUUGGUGCAACAAAUUCACAGGACGGAUCCAGCGAUCUCUGAGAAGAUGGGCGACAACACAGGACGUUGCGGCUGUCUCGAGAAUCUUCUACGCUCAAGCUUCACGAAAAUCUUGAGUAAUGCGUUCGGCGAAAACCAGGCAAUGUUUGGCAUGCACGAAAAUUUAUCGCAAAAAGAACUUUGGGCACAUCUUGAAAGACUGAUAAAGAAGGACAAGUGGGAGCAGUGUUUAAACGUGAUAAACUGCCUACCCGACAACUUGAUGAUAAAUGAUGGCGAGAUUCUCUCGUUGAAAGAUAAAAUUUUGAGUAUUCUAGUUUCGUCGUCGGAGCUGGAUCAUAAAAAGGUAAUUGAAUACCUGCGACAAAUUAAAAAUAUUCAUGUUUUGGCAUGCACUGUUUCAUUAAAUCUAACGCAUUGGCGUUUGGAAACAUGCCAAUAUGCCUUGACUUAUGUUCUCAACCACUCGGAUAAAACUGAGCUCUCUGGCUAUUGUCAAGAACAUUUGGAUGCGACGAUGCGCAGUUUGGUGGCACUUCAUAAAAUGAUACCUCAGUUUGGAAACAGUCUUGACAUGAAGCACGUCACUUGGUAUGGGAAUGCUUAUUCGACAAACAAGGUAGACCCAAUGAAAAUAAUGAAAUCUUUGAUCGAAGCAAACAAGUUUGAACUCUGCUUAGAGUGGUUCGAGUAUCACAGUUUCUCAAGCGAAAUGCAGUCCCUGGUGAAUCAGGAUCUGCUGAUCGGGCUGCUGGAAAAUGAUCGGCAGGAUUUUGAACCUGCGACAAAGUUACUUCGAGCACUGCCCAUCAAUCGUGCAAUGAAACUGUGCAACGGAGUUCUGAGCAAACUGGAUUCGAUUACAGCGAUAAAAUUUGUCACGAAUUACUUACUGGACAGAUGUAAACCUAAGGAGGCGGUGAAAUAUCACAAGGUUUUAGUCAGCAUAGAGAUAUUAUCGCAACUCGAUUACAGAGAGAAAUCUGCAUUUAUUCACCUGUUGAAGGAGCCGUUGUUGAUGCUCGAACAGCUACUGAUGAACGGGAAAUUUGAAGUUCUCCACAAGAUCUUGAAAUUGGCAUCCGACAGCUUGCCGAAAGCCAGUAUUUUGCCGGAAGACACCGACAAGAUAGUCAGGUACUAUGCUAGAAAGUCGUUGGAGUUCAGGGUCGCCAUGCAGCGCGACGGAAUCGAGUCUAAGUCCAAAGAUUUUUCCUCGUCGAGUAACGAGAUCGAGGGCACCGAGUUCAUGAUGCCCGCAACGGUUCCGACGAAAGACGAAUGGGUGGCAAAUGACAAGGCGAGGGUCUGCAGCUGCUGCAAGGCGGUCGUAUUUUCCAUGUUCAACAGACGGCAUCACUGUCGUAGAUGCGGCCGAGUUAUUUGUGCUGUCUGCUCGCAGCAGAGAAUGCGCGUCCCGACGUACCCCGACUCGGUGCUCGUCAGGGUCUGCAACGACUGUAAACGUCAAACGUUGCUGCGGUUGCAGCACGCCCCUCCUUCGACUCCGAGCAGUGAACCGUUCGAUUACUGGCAACUGACGCUGGACGAGACCCUCAACCAAACUCUCAGAGAUGAAUUUUCCUUCGAAUACGCACCUAGCAUAUCUCUGUGCUUAGCCAUCCUGACUCUGCACUCGGAUCACAAGGCAUAUGCAAGCUUUCUGUUGGACCGAUGUGACGAGAUAAAACAGCUGCUGCGUCCUGUCAGCUCUGGAAGAACAAACCCCGAAGUCGAUCUUAUGCUGCUCGUGAAGAUGAUGCGCUCUCUUGUAAUUGCCGCCAAGGUCAAGUGUGCCAAGCUAUCGCUGAACGCUGGACUGGAUCACUGUGACCGCUGGCUAUCCCACAUUGAUCUUAUUUCAACUCUGGUACAGUCGGACUGCUCGGCUCUUAUUCCCUCCGACAGUAUCAACGAGCGAGCCUUUAGGAAGCUGAGAGAUCUGCUUAUCGAAAAGGAGCAUUGGAUUCUGGCCUUGGAUGUCAGCACGAAGGCAGGAUUGGAUAGACAGGGAGUUUGGGCCGUCUGGGGGAAGGCGUACUUGAAAGUCGGGUGUUACAAUCAGGCGAGGGAAAAGUUCGCUCACUGCUUGGACAAAGUUGAGAGCUUUGACGACUGGGUAUUUCUCCCCAACUCUCGUCAGACUGAUAAUAGUAAGAGCCGUUCAAGCGCGAGGACCGGCGACAAGCAGAGGAGCAGAGAAAAAACUCGUCCGAUGAAGAAUCCACCACUUUUGGUAGAGAUCUUACAGAUUAUCGAGACCUCGACUUUCAACCGGCAUUCAUGCAAGGCUGUUACCUCCACUUCGUUCACUGCCCUCGACGUAUCCAUAACUUUGAACAACAUUAAGGCGAUCAGUCAGGGACGAUGUUACGACCUUGAACCAGCCUCGAUCACCGACACCGCUUACUAUCACGAAAGUUUGCACUAUUUGCUUUCAUACGGAAGCCACUCCGCGAUCUUGGAAUUUUUCAUCAAGCAUGAAAAGUACGAGGAUUGUAUUCUCCACGUGAUGGGUAACCACGUUGAUCCAGAGGUUUUCUUCAGCAGCGUUUACUUGCCCUGUUUGAAAAACGGGCUGGUCGAUAACUUGCACGAAGCGAUGCGUACCAAAGACCCGAAUUUGCUCUCAUGGAAAACUUAUCUAGUUUUCACAUGCCACAGCUUGGAGACAAAGAAACUUCUGCACACCUUGUAUCAGCUCCAAAUAUUCAUCAAGGACUACGUCAGGGCCUCCAUAUCUUGCAUACGGUUUUAUGUCAACGAGGCCGCUGAUUACACUGACCUUUGUAGCCGUUCCCAAUUUCUGAUUCAAGCUCAAAAACACUUGGAGACGGAACUGCAGGCGAACAGCUUAGGGCCGAAGAGAAGGAAGAGCACAGGAUCUCAACACAGCGGUCAAAGUGCUCUUACUCUGGAACUCGAGCCGUCCGACAUUGAUAAGCACAUAAACACGAUAUCGAGUCAGAUGGAGAUUGCCAAGUUCUUGCGAGACAGCGAACAAGAGCAAAGAGACGUCAGAAAAUUCUUGGACCAUCUUUUGAGCAUGGAAAAUGAAAAUUUGAACGUUCAAGAGUUGCCCACUCUCUUCGGUACUCAGCUGCAAAAAACACAACUUGCUGUGUUGGCGAUUCUUUGUGGUCGCGAUGUUGAGGAAGGCUUUGGAAUCGCCUAUCGAAUAAUUCAAAAUUACAAUCUGCGGUCCGAGAAGGUUUAUUCGCUAGCUGGGCACAUCUUGGCAUCCGAACAAAAAGUUGGUUCGCUAGAGCAGCUAGUCAAAUGUUGUCGAAGCUCAGGAGCUCCGGAAACAAAUGCAUUAUCCGAUCGAGUCCUGGCGCACUGUGUUAAAGUUCUUUUGAAAUACUCCCAAAUGGAGUCUAGUUCAAAUUCAAAGGACAAGGUUGAUACCCUUAUAAAGCUGAUUACAGACCUGGAACUCAAGAUAAGUAUGUACAUCGAAAGUCAACAAUUGAAGGCAGCCUAUCUCCUCGCUGUGAGACAUUCGAGAGCUCAGGAUGUGAAGAGGAUUCUGAAGGAGGCAGACAGACUCGAGCAGACAGCGAUAAAAGCAAUUUGCGCCAAGUGGCUUCACAAAAUGCAAAAUUCCUGAGAAAUAUUUCAGCAAAGUUCAGUCCAGAAUAAUAGGUAACCCAAAUAAUUUCCUCAAUUAUUUUAUUGAUAUUGAAUAAACUCUAAAUGAAGAUGAAGUAACAUUCCCGAUAGUUUUGUUUGCCUUUUUUUUUCAAUUUAGUCAUAGUCUGAAAGAAGAUACUCAAUUGUUCCAAAGAUAAGUCGACCUUGGACAUAAGUCCAAGAUUUAAGUAAGAUCCUUAGUCUUCAGUUUGCAUUUCAGAACUUUUUUUUAGUUAUUAAACAUAAGUCGCUCUUUUAUGACAAAAUUGAUAUCAUAUGAUUAUAUUUACAUAUUAAUUUAUAAAUUGCAAUUUUUUUUAAAUAAGUAUAUUUAUCAAUGGAACUUGAGUGGAUUAAAAUAUCGCAAGCAUGAAUUUCAUUGGUUUAAUUGGAUGAUUGAACUAUUCAUAAAAAACAAUUUCAGUCUGUGAGGUAAAUUUUCUAAGAAUCCCGAACAUAAGUCGAGCCGGCGUAUGAGUCGAGGACGACUUUUGGGGGUCAUAUUAGCAAUAAAACGAACCUCGACUUACAUUCGGAAUAAUACCGUAUGUGUUAUCAAAAUGUUAUUCGGGAUGUCCACAAUAUUGGAUUGUUUUUUUUAUUACCUAUACACAAAUUUUCUUUCCUGGUUGACGUGUUUAGUUUACUAAUCGCUGAAUAGUAUUAACAAUUUUGAGACACAAUUUAUGGAUGUGUGUAUAUGUAUAUAAAACGGGUAUGUAUAUAUACACACAGACAUGAAUAUGUAUAUUUAUAUAUAUAUAUAUAUAUAUAUUUUUUUUUAUUAAAUGAUAAUUAACCGUAUAUGUGCAUAUAAGAGAGUCUUAGAUGAUGAGUGACUCAAUAUUGAUGCAGGGCUGUGAUAUAUUAUACACUUCUCGUUAUUUAGCCCAGUCUGACUGGAAGCCGCAGAUUUUUCUCACCCCUUAUGUACCCUGUUAUAUACGUAUUAUAAAUAUUUAUAAAUGAAUAUCCAACGAUAAUAAGUAUGAUAAAAUUUUUUUUAAGCACUGAUAUGCCGUCAGUAGUCUAUUUCAAUCACAAAUUAUCACAACUCCUAACUGGGGAAUUGUAAAUAAGAAAUGAAAAAUCAGUAGAAGUAUGGGUUGAAAGAAUAUUGUAACAAUUGAACAAUCUUAGAAUUUACUGGCUGUAUUACUUUAAUAAAAACUCAAGGCUUUGAAUGGCGCACAUCGGUAUGUCAACCGAAAACUUUUAUCUUUUAGUCAGCGUCUGUGACAAAUAGUACACGGGAGAAAAAAUCGUUUUGGCAAAAGAAAAGUGUUUACAGUUAUAAAUACAUUUUAUUCGCCCGAUACAUGGUAUAUCAAUUUUUCGAUAAUGGAUAUACAUGAAAUACGUUAUCGAUUGUUAGAGUUACGUUACAAAAACAAAAUUAGUUCUUUAUCCUAAAGUAUUAGAGUAUUAGAAUAUUGAAUGGAAUGUUGUUAAUCGAAGCGGUAGAGACAAAAUAACGGAUGUAAAUAGAAGAUAUGGAUCUAGUCAUCUAAAAUUGUAUUUGAAAUAGUCUUGAUUUCGACAAUGUGAUAAACAUAAUUGACGAAUCAAUGUCAUUGCUUAGUCCGAUACACGGACUAUGAUUGAACGGUGUGCUACGAGUUAUACACAAAUUCAAAUUGCGGUGAUACUCGUCAGCUAUAAGCUACGUCUUGUGAAAUUAAUCUUACGAUUACAUAAAGGAAAUUGUCAGUUA